GACAUGAGACUUCCGCAGAUCGGCCAUUGCCCCUCGUCGCAAGCAGCCAGCCCUCACCGCUCGCAGCGAUCUUCCAGCAAGCAGCCAUGGCGUCGGACCUCAAUGCGCGGGACGUGGAGCUCAGCAGCGGCAGCGAUUCGCCGCCCGACGCAGUUGUUCGGUGGAGCGCCCGCAGGCUCCUGAGCGGUGCUGCUGUGGCCUGCCUCGCCUGCGCCGGCGGCGGCGUGGCGUCCCGGCGCUUCGUCGACGCUCGCCUGCCCGAGAUGAAGCGCGAGCUGCUGCAGGUGCUGGCGAAGCCGAGGCGGGAGGACUGCGCGGCGACCACCGAGGACUGCUUCGAGGCUGCGUGCUGUGACGUGGCUGGCUAUCGAAGACGCCUGCGGGGAGUCGCCUCUGCCCCCUGA